CAUGCCCCCCGCCCACCGCCCCCUUCUCCUCUCCCCCGCCCCGCCGCUUGCCGUGCGCUUUGGCAGCCCCGACGCCCUCCGCAGCCAGUUUUCCAGCCCUGCGCUUCUUCUGCAGUGACAGCCAGUGGCUGCCGGGGCCUGUUUACUAUCCGGUUAAUAAGUGAGCUGGAGCAGGGGGAAACUUCCCCGACGGCGGAGAGGGUGUUCGCCGCGGCGGGCGGGAGGGCGGGCGGGGGGAGCGUUCCUGCGCUGCGGGGCCCCGGCGCGCCCCGCUCCCACCGCCCCCCGCCCGCAGGUGCCGGGGGCUGGCACUCGGAAACUGGAAAGAGCUGGUUGGAGUUUGCACUUUAAGCUCCCGGCUGGGAGGGAACCGGGGGCUUGGAGCUGGUUUGGGCGCCGGGAGGAUGGCUCGGUGGUUGCGGCCCCUCGUGGGAGCCCUGAUCCUGCUCGAGGGGGCGGCUGCUCUCAGCUUUCUCCACCAUCGCUACGAGGAGAUGGUGCAGGCCCUGUUCCGCGUGCAGAGCCAGUGCCCCUACGUCACCCGCAUCUACAGCAUCGGCCGCAGCGUCGAGGGCCGACACCUCUACGUGCUGGAGUUCAGCGACUACCCAGGCAUCCACGAGCCCUUGGAGCCGGAGUUCAAGUAUGUUGGGAACAUGCAUGGGAACGAGGUGCUGGGCCGUGAGCUGCUGCUGCAACUCUCCGAGUUCCUGUGUGAGGAGUACCGCCGGGGCAACGAGCGCAUCACCCGCCUCAUCCACGACACGCGCAUCCACAUCAUGCCCUCCAUGAACCCCGACGGGUACGAAGUGGCUGCCAAGCAGGGCCCAGACAGCAAUGGGUACUUGACGGGGAGGAACAACGCCAAUGGAGUGGACUUGAAUCGCAACUUCCCUGACCUCAACACGUUCAUGUACUACAGUGGGGAAAUCAGCGGGCCAAAUCACCAUAUCCCACUGCCUGACAACUGGAAAAGCCAGGUGGAGCCAGAGACGUUGGCUGUGAUCCAGUGGAUCAGCAGCUACAACUUUGUGCUCUCAGCCAACCUGCAUGGUGGAGCGGUGGUGGCAAAUUACCCCUAUGACAAGUCCCAGGACCAGCGGUUCAGGAACCACCGGCGCACAGUCAACACACCUACGCCUGAUGACAAGUUGUUUCAGAAGCUGGCCAAGACCUACUCGUACGCUCACGGAUGGAUGCACCGUGGCUGGAACUGUGGGGACUACUUUGCUGAUGGCAUCACAAAUGGGGCAUCCUGGUACUCGCUCAGCAAAGGCAUGCAGGACUUCAACUACCUCUACACCAACUGCUUUGAAAUCACUCUGGAGCUGAGUUGCAAUAAGUUCCCGCCUGAAGAAGACCUGGAGCGACAAUGGAUGGCCAACCGGGAGGCCCUUGUUGCUUUCAUGGAAGAGGUCCACCAGGGCAUCAAAGGGAUGGUGUCAGAUGAGAACAACAAUGGCAUUGCAGGAGCAGUGAUUUCUGUCCAAGGAAUCAGCCAUGACAUCACCUCUGGUGAUAUGGGGGAUUAUUUCCGGCUGCUGCUGCCUGGCACUUACACUGUCACAGCCUCUGCAGAGGGGUACCAGCCCCAGACAGUGACAACAACAGUGGGCCCAGCUGCUCCUUCAUUGGUGCAUUUCCAGCUCAAACAAGAUGUAGUGAGAAAGCCCCCAGAGCGUAAAGCCUCAGGCACGCGCAUGAACAACAAAGCCCUUCAGAAGAAGGUAGUGCCAAGAGCCACCCGUCGGGGGACCCAAAAAUGAGGACAGCUCACUUGGCUGAGAGCUGGGGGAAGCUGCUGAUACAAGGCCUGGCUGAUGACUCCAGCCAGUGAACUUUCCAACAGUCCAGCAUGAAACUAGCCCAAAUUAUUAGGUUAUUAAAUGAGGAAGUAUUUAAUCCCU